ACGGGCCGCAAAGCAGCAGCGGGCUCCGCCCACCCGGCUUAUUGCGACGGGUCGGAAAGCAGCGUGCUCAGCACGGCUGGUCCUCGGAUCCCGCAGCCAUGGGGAAAAUCGGCCUGCAGCUGAAAGCCACGCUGGAGAACGUCACCAACGUGCGGCCUGUCGGGGAGGACUUCCGGUGGUACCUGAAGAUGAAAUGCGGCAACUGUGGUGAAAUUUCAGAGAAGUGGCAGUACAUUCGGGUGAUGGACAGCGUGGCACUGAAGGGAGGCCGUGGCAGUGCCUCCAUGGUCCAAAAGUGCAAGCUGUGUGCACGGGAAAACUCCAUUGAGAUCUUGAGCAGUGCCAUCAAGUCUUACAACGCUGAAGACAGUGAGAGGUUCAAGACGAUAGUAGAGUUUGAGUGUCGGGGCCUGGAACCCGUGGACUUCCAGCCGCAGGCCGGGUUUGCUGCUGAGGGUGUGGAGUCGGGGACAGUCUUCAUGGACAUAAACCUGCAGGAAAAGGACUGGACAGACUAUGAUGAAAAGGCCCAGGAGUCUGUGGGGAUCUACGAGGUCACCCACCAGUUUGUGAAGUGCUGAGCCUAACAGACGCCUGUAACCCACAGUCGCCAUGCAGGGCUCUGUCGCUGUCCCAAGCCCCAUCAAUAAAGCCUGUGUGUACCGUG